GCUGGGCUCGGCUUGGCGCGGCGCUGCAGGCUCCGUCCCGGCUGCGUGCGCCAGUGCCUCCCCCAGCGCCGCCGCCGCUCCCCGCUUCGCCGCUGGCGCCGGGCUGCGAGGGGCAGAGGCAGAGGCAUGCCCAGGCGGAGCAUCGCGGAGGUGAAGGUGCUGGACGUGCAGAAGCGGCGCAUUCCCAACAAGCACUAUGUGUACAUUAUCAAAGUCACCUGGUCCAAUGGGUCCACAGAAGUCAUAUACCGACGGUACAGCAAGUUCUUUGACCUGCAGAUGCAAAUGCUGGACAAGUUUCCAAUGGAAGGAGGGCAGAAGGACCCCAAGCAAAGGAUCAUCCCCUUUCUGCCAGGGAAGAUCCUCUUCCGCCGGAGUCACAUCCGUGAUGUUGCAGUCAAGCGCCUGAUACCUAUUGAUGAAUACUGCAAGGCUCUGAUCCAGCUGCCUCCCUACAUCUCCCAGUGUGAGGAAGUUCUCCAGUUCUUUGAGACACGACCUGACGACUUGACGCCCCCCAAAGAGGAGCCCAUUGGAAAGAAGAGGUCUGGGUUUAUCCAGAGAACGGCCUCUUUCCUGCAGAGAGGAGCUGACUCUGCGUCGGUCGACCCCUUGGUGCUGGAGCAGUAUGUCGUGGUGGCGGACUACCAGAAGCAGGAGAGCUCCGAGAUCAGCUUGUGCGUGGGCCAGUUGGUGGAUAUCAUUGAGAAGAACGAAUCAGGCUGGUGGUUUGUGAGCACAUCAGAGGAGCAAGGCUGGGUGCCAGCGACCUGCCUGGAGGCUCAGGAUGGCGUCCAGGAUGAGUUCUCAAUGCAGCCCGAUGAAGAGGAGAAGUACACUGUUAUUUACCCAUAUACUGCACGAGACCAGGAUGAAAUGAACCUGGACAAAGGGGCUGUGGUGGAGGUGAUCCAGAAGAACCUGGAGGGCUGGUGGAAAAUCAGGUACCAGGGCCAAGAAGGCUGGGCCCCUGCCUCCUACCUCAAAAAGGGGAAUGGAGAGAUGUUCUCACAGAAGCUGGGGUCAGGCUCCUCCGCUCAUUCAUGUGCCUUGGAUCUGGAUGGCAUCUCCCGGCAGCAGGUCCUGGCAAGCCGAGAGAAGGAUGGACUCACUGGCCAAAGGGAUGGGAGAUUUGACAGUCGUCCCCUGCCCAAUGCUGAUAUCCGACGCAAGUCACCAAAGAUGAGGCAGAGACCCCCACCUCGCCGAGAUCUCACCAUACCACGUGGUUUGAACCUGCCUAAACCUCCUGUCCCUCCUCAAGUGGAAGAGGAAUAUUACACCAUUGCUGACUUCCAGACCACCAUCCCUGACGGCAUCAGCUUCCAGGCAGGAAUGAAAGUAGAGGUUAUUGAGAAGAACCUGAGUGGCUGGUGGUACAUUCAGAUCGAGGAGAAGGAGGGCUGGGCCCCCGCCACCUUCAUCGAUAAGUACAAGAAAACCAGCACCGCAUCCAGGCCGAAUUUCCUGGCUCCACUACCAAACGAAAUGGCUCAGCUCCGGCUCAGCGACGCCACAGCUGAUGGCAGUGCCAACGAGGAAGCAACAGGACCGUGCCGUCCUUUGCCGGAGGCUCCUCCAAACGGCACAGACUGUGGUGGGAAGUGGGCCAAGGACUGGAAGGGGAAGGAGGCUCCUGAGAGCAGGGACCUAGCCUUCACCGGUGGCUAUGAGGAGAUCUCGGACCGUGACACAGAGGAGAAGCCCAGCCUGCCACCCAGGAAGGAAUCCAUCAUUAAAUCGGAAGGCGAGUUACUGGAGAGGCAGAGGCCUCCCCCCAAGCCCCCAGGGAUGAUUUUGCCCAUGAUCCCACCUAAGCAGUCAGCAGCCCCAAAGGACAGCAAGAAGCCAGAGCUCAAACCAGAGAAGGGCAAACUCUUCCAGCUGAAAAACGAAAUGGGACUGGAAUGUGGACAUAAGGUGUCGGCCAAGGAGGUGAAGAAGCCAAACCUCCGACCCAUUGUCAAGCCAACUAAGCCAAAAGCUGAGCCCAUGGAGGACAAGCCUGAGCCCAUUGCCCAGAAUCUGUUCUUGAAGUCAAGACCUCAAAUCAGGCCAAAACCUGCUGCAGCCCCCCGCACUGACCCACCUCCAGCUGACGAUAAACUGGACAUUUGCAGCCUGCGGAGCAAGCUGAGACCUGCAAAGUGCCCAGAGAAGCCCUCCGAGCAGGACACUGCUUCUGGCGAAAGCUCCAUCGGUAACGCCGUGGUCUCUUCGGAGGCUUCUGGAAGGUUUCAGGAGCGACCGAGCAUGGAAAGCAAACCCCUGCCCAAGCUGGAUGGUCACGCCACAAAAGAGGCACUGCCCAAAUCUCCCCCAGGCCCAGCAAACACGCCGGGUGGCAGGGAGCCCCCGCCGCAGCGCCCCGUCGUGCCACCUCGCAGACCACCACCCCCCAAGAAAACAGGGGGUCCUGCCUCUGUCCCAGCGGCGGAGCUGAGGGCCCCGGCACGGGAAGCACCUGAAAUCAGGUCAUCCCCAGUGCCGGGGAGGCCCAUGCUGGUUCCCCCAAAAGCCAAGCCCUUCCUCCCUGCCUCCAUCCAAGACGAAGCCAAAGUGAAGAGCAGCGUAAGCCCAAAGGCCAUAUCCAAGGCAGCGGAGAGAGGGGAAGCCAAGGAGAGGACCUCAGCCCCCAUCUCCAGUCCGGACAUCACCAGGGAAGCUCUCUAUGUGGCAGUGGCAGAUUUUGAAGGCGAUGAGGAGACCAACAGUUUUAAAGAAGGAACUUUGUUUGAAGUUCGUGAGAAGAACAGCAGUGGCUGGUGGUUUUGCAAGGUCCUGACUGGGGGGCCAUGCUGGGAGGGCUGGAUCCCUUCCAAUUACCUACGAAAGAAGCCAUAGCCGCUCCUCUGCUUGCACAGCCAGAGGUUCCCUGGUCUCUCACCUGAGUAUUUAAUUAGCAGAUUAAUUUAUAGUUUUCUGUGAGGCUGGCUUUAAAAAAAAAAAAAAGGAAAAAAGAAAAAAAAAAAAGAAAAGAUAGUAAUUGAGAUCCCAUGCAUCCCAGCUGGUGCCCAUUGGCAGCAGUGUGGGGGAAGCGGCUCAGCCUCCCCUCCCCACCCAUGUGCUCCCACCCACCCGCCUCCCCAGGUCCCCGUCCCCCACCCCGAGCACUUUGCUCCUGUGGCCGUACGGGCAGCCCAGCCAUGCAGCCAGAGCUGCUCUGGCCAAGCUUUGUGGCACAGGACAGCUACCGUGGUUCUCCGUGCUGGGGAGAUGGACCUUGAUAGCCAUUAUUGCCACCUGUAUGGAGGAUUAAAAAGAAAUACCGCAGUAGCCAGGGAAGUGACGAGUGGCAUGGUACUAAUGAAGGAAAUCUGGCUGCAGGAAAGGAUUUGCCUUUGCCUGAGGCCCAGGGUCACUGUCAAGUGUUGUAGGUGACAUUGCUGACUCCAGGGGUGUAGCAGAGGCAUAGGGAAUGUGGCCAAAAGAAGGAAUGAUUGCUGAGAGCGGGGUCCCUGUAGCUCUGUGUGCAUGUGCAGGCACAGGCAUUGCGCUCCAGUUAAGGGCGAUCCUUGCUCCCCACCAUGCAUGCCGCGGGACUGCCCCUUGGUCCUUCCCUGUUCUACAAAGACAAGUGUUAACUUCAGAAUCCUCCUGGUAGAAAAAAAAAAAAAUACGGAAAAAGAGAUACAUACACACAUAUAUAUAACAGGUCCUCUCUGUGCUGAUCCAGGAUGCUAUGCAGGCUUCUCCCUCGCAGUAUUGCAACCAAACAAGAGGUGUUUUGCUUCGGUAGCUGAAGAAUACUAUGCAAGGCACAGAGGACCAAAAUGACCCCCAAAGCCCUGGAAAGAAUGCUUUGCUUUCCUUCCCACACAGACUGCCCUGCCUGUUGGACUAAUAGGGGACCACCCGUCCCUGUGACCCACUGAGCUUCCCCAGGCUGGCGGGCAGCAGCCAGGAGGUGGGUCCUUCAGUAGGUGCUGAUAUUAUCAAGUGCAAUCCAGAAUGUGGGAGUUCAGCUCCUCAUCACAACCAGUUGUGAGGCAUGUCUGGUGCUCAGGGGCUCCCUGCCUUCUUCGUCACCCCAUCUGCCUGUCUUCCUGGUACUUUCAUUUCAUCCUGCCUGGUGGGCUGUUUGGGGGCCUUCAGAUCAAGCAGAGCCUGGGGUUUUUCCGUGCUGACAUUCCUGCCUGCCAAACCUAAUCUUGCCUACAGUGUUUCUUAUCCAAGCAGGAGGAUGAAUGUGGAUGAGCUGUCAUUCCCCAGUGCUGCUUUCUUCCCUUCUAUACUUGACUGCUUGCAGAUUCAGGGCCACGUUUCUCUCUCCAGAAGAGUUUAAAUCCAGCACUUCUGUGGGUUUCUUGUUGACCAAGCCCCGUUGCCCUUUCUAGUCUUAAUUGCAAGUGCAAGUGCUGCAGCCACAGCUCCGCAGCCACAUUGUUUUGCUGCUGAAAACUAGUAUAGUUUUCCCUCUAAUUUGGGGCUGGCAGAAUUGAAGGAGUGUUCUCCACUCCCCCCAGAUGCUCGCUUCCCUCUGUGUCCCAUGUCUUCUACUGUGGAAACGUGGAAUUGAAGAUCUCUCUUGUCUGUAAACAGAAUGAAAAUGGUGGUGCUUCAGGCCAGGGUCGUUCUGGGAGGGUGAUGGGGCAGUUUGUCCCAGCCCUGGUUUGAUCUGAUAGAGAAGUCCUGAGCACCCCACUCCAGCCUCAUAUCCAGAAGCCCCAAGGUUCAUUUUUAGCCAUGGGAAUUCAUGCACCCCAGUCUCUGGCUGAUUCCUCACCCUCCCACCUACGGUUUUCUCUGGUGGCACAUCAGCCUCUGAUCAGGCUGACUCACCUGGGCUGGCAAUAAGCAAUACUUCUGCCACACACUCCAGUAACAAAGCUCCUUGUGUGGCACAUUGCAAGGUGUUGAUGUGCUCCCGGGAGAGCUGCAGGGUGGGCUGGGGGAACAAUGCUGCCUUGUCUUUGUGUAUCUCUUGCUCCAGUAAAUCCCUUUUUCUUUGGAAAGGAAUGGGGACAGGAUGAGUUAAGCCAGAGCUGCCCAGCAGCCAAAUCCAACCCUCUCUAUAUCUGGGGAGGGGGCUGGCCCUGUGUCCCCCAUCCACUGGCAGUUUCGCACAGCAGGUGGAAGGGCUGUGUGACCUUUCCCCAUGGCACUGUGUCCUGCUCUCACUUUGCUGAAUGGCCUUUUAAUCUCAGAAGUCUCUCUCCUUUCUCUGUCGCAGAGACCUCGCUGCCCCUGGCUUUCCUCAGAGGGGACAGCGCUAUUUCUGUGGCCUCUGUGCUAAAUGAGGGCUGUUUCUGCUUUCCUCCCAGACUGAACCUCAGAACUGGUAGUGCUUCGUUUUGCUGACACAAGUACUGUAUUUGACUCAUUGAGCGUGUGACAGGAUCACUCCCUUGUUCCCAAAGAGCUUCCAAGAAGGUAGGGUGAGUGCCCAAGUUGGGGGUGGGGUGGUGGUGUCACCCUCAUUAGGAUGCCGACCCCUGCAGCCUUACCCCUUCCUACAACACUUCUGUCUGCAAAGGGACCGCGGGCUGGGCAGUGGCUCCUGUCGGGAAGAUGCUGAGAGCCAUUUGGGCUGGCAGGGCUUUGUCCCCCGCAUCUGACGUGGCCGCCUGGUUCAGCAGCUGCUCAUGCCCUCUGCCAGGCUGCACCUCUUCUCUGUACCUCGCACAUUCAACGCGGCUGAGAUCCCCGACUACCUCGUGAGGUGGAGGAGGGCAGCCGGGAGGCUUGGUACCCUGAGCUUGCCCAGAGGCACAUCACCCCAUCAGCCAGACCAGCCUCCCACCUCGCCCAUCACUAGUGCAGCCCUGAGGCUGGGGCUUGCAGCAAGGGGAGGGGGAGCAUCGCCAUGGCUUGGGGGAGAAGAGCCGGGUGUCGGGGAGGUCCUGCGGCUCGGCACAUCCCUGGCAGGCUGGAGGCACCUACUGUGCCCUGCUCCUUCUCGCAGGCUCUCUAAGCCCAUCUGUUUGUCCGUGUCUCACUAUAUUAUGUAAGUGUGUAUAAAUCUACAUUACUGGGGGGUGGGGGGUGGGAAGGGUGGUCAGCGGAAGAUAGAUGUAGCUGUGUAAAUGCCGUAUCUAUACUUUCACCAUUAGGGGGUGGAUUAUUUUUUUUUUUAAUUAUUAUUAUUUGGUGGGGUUUUGUUUUCUUUUUUUUAAGAAAUAAAAAGAAACUGCUUGACUGGUUUCAAGCACCCUUGUGAA